GUUUGCUCCGCGGCGCAAAGCGGGGUUUGUUGCAUGUACCUGCUCGUUAUCUCAAAGGUCGUGCCAAAGAUUUGCGCGCGCACGAAUUCGGCCAUGAUGGACGGCGGUGGAGGGUCGCCGCGUAGGGGGAAUGAAGAUGCAGAGUGCGGUGGGAGGUUGUUGUGGUGAGGUUGCCGGUUUGCGAUACAGCGGAGUGGGCGAGGUGAGCGCGGCAGGUAAUUGGGUCGGGGAUUGGGACCGUAGACCUAGUCGAGUUCAAAGAGGCAACACCAGACGGUCCAGAAGAACCACAACAGGGUCUGCAGGCGGGCUGACCGAGCGAGCGUGGUGCAGCAGGUCCUUUGGCGGGGUGGACGCGUCCGGAGGGGCAGCAGCGCGCGCCGAGUGAAGAAAUGGAGGGAUGAGGCACGGGUUCGCGGUCGCGGGACAAGAAGACGAUCACUGCCAGGAGCGGGGAGAUACAAACACAGCUGUUAUGGAGAUGCGGAGGGUGAAGGAAAGCGAGGAAGAAGGAAAUCGAGGGGCACGCCAGUAUGGACGGCCACAGCCAGCGCCCGUGCCCGUGGCCGGGUUAGCAGGUUUCGCACAGAGGCUGGCUCGAUCGAUUUCAGGCGACGUCAUCGACGAUUUUCCCAUCAACGCUGCCCGUUUGCCGUGCAUGUCCGUACUUUCCCAUGGGAGUCCUUACACAACACUAAUAACCCUCUUACUCGGUAUAGCCUACGCGUACCUCGCUGGUGCUCUUGCUUCCUCUUCUUCUUUUUCCGUGCUCUGCGCUGGCAUUGUCUCGACAUGUCUCUCAUGCCGUAUGGGCUCGUGCACGUUGCGAGCAGCAAGUGGAUAUUCCCCGGGACAACGACGGUUCUGUUCACACAUUGAAAAGCCAAACUGCGCAUGGCGGAAUUGGCCGACAACGUCCUCACCACCGUCUACAGACUCGCGACGCCCAGUACUGCAACUUGUAUCGCUGACCAACGCCUGCCCCAUAGCUUCCAAGCUACACUGCGCAUGCGAGCUUCCCGCGGAGCUGUAGCCAAUGCUGGUCGCAGCACUCUACAUCAGCAGUUAGAUGGACAUUACGCAGCUAUGGAUACAAUCACUCGGCGACAUCCAGUGCGAAUCUUCCUAGACAACGCGCUGCAAACGUG